AUGGGUUCUACUUGUGAGAGUGUGCGAGUUGACACUUUGUCCGGUCCGAUUUCUGGAGAAAAACUUCCUGCUGGUGAAAGAAAGGCUAAUGCGUUCAAAGGCAUUCCAUAUGCUAAACCUCCUGUAGGGUCAUUGCGGUUUAAGAAACCUGAGCCUGUUGAACCAUGGACUGAAGUUAAGGAUUGCACCAAUUUUGGAAACCAGAGUAUACAGAAGCUUUCUUCUAAGAAGCCAAAUGCGCCUCCAAUCUCUGAAGACUGCCUGACUCUCAAUGUGUUUAGUCCUGACUGGGAACCUACAGAUCCUGAGGGUUUCCCUGUUUACUUCUUUGUUCAUGGAGGAGGAUUUGCAACUGAGAGUACGUUCAAGUACGGAGACAAAGGAAUCUGCGAAAACUUGGUAAGUAAAGGAGUGGUUGUGGUGACCAUUGAAUAUCGUGUUGGGUUGCUCGGAUUCUUCACUACUGGUGAUGAGCACUGCCCUGGAAAUAACGCUCUAUGGGACUGUAAAUUGGCAUUGGAAUGGACAAGAGAUAACCUCAGCCGUUUUCGGGGAAACAAAGAUCGCAUUACCGUAUCAGGGCAGUCAGCUGGUUCAGCUAUGACUCAGUUGCUUGCUAUUUCUCCUCAUACCAGAGAUUUGUUCCAUCAGAUGCUGUGCAUGGCCGGUUUCACGAACAGAUUCUGUAACUGGUUCCAUACCUCGAAUGGAAUAGAAAAAUGUCGUACAUUCGGUGAAAGUGUGGGCAUAGAGGGUGAUGAAGACUCUGAAGAGUUCUUAGAGAAGCUCCGCACAAUACCGGCAGAGAAGUUCGCUCUCGGUAUCGAGUUGGACCAAGCUACACAGCAGCUAUAUAUAGCACCGCGUUUUGAUGGCGACUUCUUCCCUCGUCCAUUCCAUGAGCUCCUACAUGAAGCACCAGCUAAGAAUAUAAUAAUGGGAUGCGCUCAUUCUGAAUCCAUCAUGGGUACUGAUCAACCAUUCUCAAUCAGCGUUCUACUGAGUAAAAUCGCUCAAUCCUUCCCUGAGAACGUAUUCCACACACAAACUAAAGCUAAACGCCGAGAAUUCAUUAAAAUGCUUAUGGAUAACCACAAAUCUAUGGAUAAGAUUGUCGAGAUGAUUGUCGAGGUUGAUAGCGGAAACUUCAUGACUUCUGGUUUACAAAGAGCAGUGCUUGAUUGGCUUAAAAAAUCUCCAAACGUUUUCAUGUACUCUUUUGAGUAUUACAACCCGGACAUGUAUGCUGCCCUCGGUUUACCAUUCAAAGCGUCUACUCAUUGUGCUGAGCUUCCUUAUAUAUUUGAUAUACGUAUCUUUGGAAAUUUCACCUUCGACGAAACUGACAAAGCUGUUCUGUCCACUAUGACGGACAGAGUGACGAACUUUGUUAAAUUUGGCAAUCCCAACGGCGAACACGGAUGUACAGACGAGGUAGAAUGGCAACCAGCCAGUGCAGACCAUCCUCAAAGACAUUUGGUCAUAUUGGAAAAUUCUCGAAUGGCCGAUGUUUACAAGGGAGGAUGUCCACUGUAUAUUGUUCAAGAGACCGAGAAGUGCAGCCAUUAG